AGUUUUUACAGAUUUAUCAAGGUGAAUGAUCCAAAAUCGACUAAGGCCAGUUUAUUUAUUUCCUACUGUUGUCUCACUGUAGUACGUUAAUUUUUUAUCUAUGUUAUUUUAGCAAUGGCGACGAGUUGGUGUGUUGUGAAUAUUAAUCUUACGCACUAAUUUGGUGAUUUUUACAAUAAAAACUAUUUCUUUUGAAAUAAAAAAGGAUAUGGGAGUAGUGUAAUAAAUUACAAUAAACGUGUUUGUGCAAAGAGUUGACAAUGGACGUGGAUGACUCGGCCGUGGACCUCAGCGUGAGGUCGUUGCCUCCGGAGCUGAGUGAGUUACGAGCGUUGACGGCUAGUGGCCUCACUAUAACGCCAGCCCAGCCCCCGCCACACGGCUCGAGCGGCAAGCGUGUGCUGCGCCCGCGCUCGGAGCAGCGCAGCUAUGCGGAGAGCCCGGACAUCGUGCUGCUGCCGGCGGCGCCUCCGCAUCGCAAGCCGGCCGUGGCCACGCCCGCGCCGUUCACUGCAGAUGUGAGCAGCAAGUUGAACUCGACGACGGUGAAUGUGUCGAUAACGCCGAGCACGCUGCCGCCGCCCGCGCCGGAGUCGCCGCGCGACCCUCGCGACGACGAAGACUCCGAGGACGAGGAGAAUGAGCCGCCCAUACCGAUGCCGGGGCACCGCGAGCUGUCGAGCGCGGAGAUCUGGGAGCGCGAGCGGCGCCUGCGCGGGCUGCGCGAGAAGCUGCGCGCCGAGGAGACGCGCCUCGUGCUGCUGCGCAAGAUACGGCAGUCGCAGCAGGCCACCGGGCUGCCGCCCACUAAGGAGUGCGCGACGGCGACGGCGCUGGCGGGCAGCGGGUGCGUGGUGCCGCCCGGCGUCACCGUCACGCCCGCGCCGCCGCCCGCGCACCAGAACAAGCGUUGCAGCAGCAGUGCGACGGGCGUGUCCGGCAGCGCGGGCGCGGGCGCGGGCGCGGGCGCGGCGGGGUCGCGCCGCACCUCCAGCCUGCCCGGCGGCGCCACGCUCACGCCGGGGCCUUACCGCUCGCAGUCAUCGAGCAGCAGUGCGGCCAACAUCACUCCAUCUGUGACGAUAACGCCGGCGCCGCCUCCCGCAUCUCAACACGCAUCCUCCAAGGCAAGCUCGCGCAGUUCGGAGGACACUCAGACGCCGGCCCAGAGACAAGCCGCCGCCAAACUAGCACUACGGAAACAACUAGAGAAAACUCUGCUACAGAUCCCGCCCCCCAAGCCGCCGCCGCCUGAGAUGAACUUCAUCCCAUCUCCUAGCAAUACUGACUUUGUGUACCUCGUCGGAUUGGAGCACGUUGUGGACUAUCUUACUAACGAAGAUCGCAUGCCGCGUUCGUCGGUGCCGGCGGUGUGCGCGCAGUGCGGGUGCGACUUCACGCCCGUGUGGCGCUGGGAGCGCGCGCCCGCCCGCCGCCUCGACGCCACCUUCACCCCCGGCGGCGGCGCCCGCCGGCUCUGCGAGCUGUGCGUCUCCGGCAACGUGAAGCGUGCGCUCAAGGCGGAGCACACGGCGCGACUGAAGACCGCCUUCGUGCGCGCGCUGCAGCAGGAGCAGGAGAUCGAGCGCCGCCUGUGCGCGCCCACCGCCUCGCCGCCGCCCGCCGCGCCCGCCGCGCACGCGCCGCCCGCGCCGCCGCCCGCGCACUCGCACGCGCACGCGCAUGCGCACACGCCGCAUACGCAGCACGCGCACGCCGCGCACACGCAACACAACACUCACGCGCACGCACACAGACCGGCAUCUCGUAGUUCAUCCCGCAGCAGUGCAGCGGCAGCGCCCCCGUCCCCCGCACCGCCACUCACGCCCGCACCGCCACCGCCUAGGGCACUGUCAACUUCGGAGAAUUUACGCAGUCAUCACUCGGAUCGCGGACGGGACGGCACCGAAGUCGCUGCCAAGAAGAGCAAAAGCUCAUCAUCAAGCACUAACAGCCAGGGGAGCAGCAGCAAGCCGCACCAGCAAUUCGCUGCAGCCGCCGCGGCGCAGAUGGCGUUCGAACAACACAGCGCGGCCGCCAUGCAGGCUCUACAACACCAACUGCUUAGAGGUGUGCCGACAGGGCUGAGCGGCGCGGGCGGCUCGGGCGGCAUGACGCCGGCCGCGGCGGCCGCCAUGAUACAGUUCACGCCGCUGCUCUACUCCUACCAGCUGGCGAUGGCGCAGGCCUCCGCGCUAGGUAAGCGUUCGGGCAAGGGCGGGUCAUCGGCGACUAACUCUGCCGCAAUGGCGGAGAUGCAACGCGUCGCCGAGGCGCAGCGGCAAUACCUGCUCGACAUGAUCCCGGGACAGCACGGACGGAACCCGUGGACUAAGAACUGAGCCGGGAGAGAUUGCUGACAGCGGUGAUGCAUUUUCUAAGAUUUCUAAUAAGUUCACGCUAUGCUAGGCUAGUUUAAAUAUUAAAAAGAAACAGUUUAAGUGAAUAAAAAUAGCACAAAAUUUAAAAAAUACGUAAAACUUAGGUUUAGUUAAAUUUAUGCAGUGUGGUUUCGGACCUGACAAUAUUUUAAAUAUAAUUAAUAGCAACAUUUUCACAUGGUUACAUGCAGAGCUGGUUGAUUAAAGUGCUCAGUACCAAUUAGACAAACCGAUAAAACACUAAAUGAAACAUUUUACUAUUUUAAAGUGAAAAUUAAUAUGAUUGUUCAUCAACAUUAAAAACACAUAGAAGUGAAACUAAAUAAUAUACAUUUUUAGAAAUGAAAUAAAAUAAAAAACGUGGAAGUGACUCCAAUAAAACGCUUAGCAAGAUUUUGUACAAAUAAGCGAAAGUGACGGUAAAUCUGAAGAUCUUAAACAGAUAAGAAAAAGUGAAGUUUUCCAAACAAAUAUAGUAAAAUAAUGAAAUAAAAAUGUAAACAAGAAUUAAAUGAAUAUGUGUGUAGCAAAAUGAAUGUAUAAUUCAAAUGUUUGUUUCACAAUCUAAUACGAAUCAGUCUGUAUCAUGUAAUAUUUACAAUGGAUUGUUUAAAAAAGUGUUAAAACAUCAAUUGAUGCAUUGAUUUUUACAAUCUGUGUUAAUUUGUACACUGGAAUUUUAAGAUAAUUGUUAAUUUAUUAUGUUUAGUAGAAAAGCGUUUAUUCGACAGGCUGAUAGUAAAGCCUGCUGAUAGUAAAGUAAAGACAAAUGCUUCUUGCAUCGCAAAAACGUGGGUUGUGUCAACUCCCAUAUUCAAAUGGUAAAAGUUCAAGCAAUCAUAUCAGAUGAUUGAGCUAUAAUUUUUGAAAGAUGUAUGACAAGUUUAAACAGCCUGCAAUUAUUUAUUUCCUGUCACAUAGAGGUACUUAAGUAGCAGAGACAUGUACAAUGAAGCUGCUAGCGCAAAUGUAAGCACAACGCAAUUCACACAGUGCAAGUGCCGUGUUUUAAAACGUUUAAAAGUACGUUUUAAAAAACGUAUUAAAUUUUAUGUGCGAAAUUUGUGAGUUAACUCUUUCUUAAUUUAUUAAAUAAAAUAUCUGGACCGUGAUUUUAAAAGGGAAAGUGUGAAUUAAGGCAUAUUUGCUUUUUUAAAUUUAAUCUCCAGGCAAAUACAGCUUAAUGAAAGUAAAAAGAAACUUUCUCAGUCUUUAUUUUUCCAUGAUAAAAUUUUGCUAAUUAGUUUAUUUUUUACUUACUAAAUUGUAUUAAUGAAUUUUAACGUUUUCAGUCUUAAAAAAAUUCUAAUAGUAUUUUAUGGCGGUUUUAAUAACGCGGCGUUGUCCACCGUAUCACAUAGAUCCGAGAGACACUGCAACAUUUGGCAUUUGUGUGAAAGUUAGUAUUAAGGAUGGAUCAUUUUGUAUGGAUAGCUUUAAGCCACUCAAUAAAUACAUGUUAUUGAAGACGGAAA